AUGUCUUCAAAGUCAGAGUCUUCUAUGGGAAUUUCGCUCCCCUCCUUCCGCCAGUGGCUGCGGCUCCUGGUGAUCACCGUGGCCGUGUGGUACGCAGGUAAAAAGCUAUUCACCGGACAUGGUGAAGACAUCAACUUUGGCAGAUUUUUGAGCAAGACGUCGCCUUACAUGUGGGCCAACCUCGGUAUAUGCAUGUGCAUCGGCCUCAGUGUGGUCGGUGCGGCGUGGGGUAUUUUCAUCACAGGCUCUUCCAUCAUCGGUGCCGGAGUUCGCGCCCCCAGAAUCACCACGAAGAACUUGAUCUCAAUUAUUUUCUGCGAAGUCGUGGCUAUCUACGGGCUGAUCAUGGCUAUUGUAUUCUCCUCGAAGCUCACAGUAGCUUCCAAGGAGACGCUAUUCUCGAAGUCCAACCUUUACACCGGCUACUCCCUUUUCUGGGCUGGGCUGACUGUCGGACUUUCGAACUUGAUCUGCGGUGUCGCUGUGGGUAUUACUGGUGCGACUGCUGCUGUGUCUGAUGCUGCUGACUCUUCGUUGUUUGUGAAAAUUUUGGUGAUUGAGAUUUUCGGCUCUGUUCUGGGCUUGCUAGGUCUGAUCGUGGGUCUUUUGAUGGCCGGUAAGGCGGUUGAGUUCCAAUGA